AUGGCUAAGUAUCUCCUUGAGACGUCGUACUGGGACCGAGUACAUCAGGGACGUCUUGAAGGACUUGCCGGGCACGGCAGUUUUGUAGGAAGCCAUGAUAGGAGUAAUGUGGUGUUCAGAUGUCAGGGUGAGAUCUGGGGUUGGCUUGGACAGUUGGACACAGGAGUAUAUCUCGGCGUCACUCUGAUCUCGUCAAUUCGCUUAUAUUGCGCUUUAAUUGGUCCAGUUGCGAUGAUGGAGUUUUGGUAA